CCGGUUCACUGACUUUUGGCGGGCAAAUCGUGCAUAUUAAUGAGGGCAAAGACAAACUAGCUCUUGUCCUAUUUCCUGCUGCUGUGAUUGUCCUAGUUCCGGUUCACUGAUUUUUGGCGGGCAAAUCGUGCAUAUUAAUGAUGGAAAGACAAACUAGCUCUUUUUAGCACGAAAUGCAAUGUUUUACUUACCCCACACCCCUCUUAUUCUUUCGCAAUUGAUUUAUUUUCCCUUUUUGAUUUUACUCUUUAUUUCUAAUUUUCAUCCACGACCACAUCUACCGUACAUCGACCCCACAUCGACCUUACAUGGACCCCACACUGACCCUACCCCCACCUUUUUUUUUCCACCACUACAUUUUUAUUGUUUUCCCUCCUCCUCCUCCUCCUCAUUUUUGUUGUUUUUCCUCCUCCUCCUCCUCCUCAUUUUUAUUGUUUUCCCUCCUCCUCCUCCUCCUCAUUUUUAUUGUUUUCCCUCCUCCUCCUCCUCCUCCUCCUCUUCAUUUCUAUUGUUUUCCCUCCUCCUCCUCCUCCUCCUCCUCCUCUUCAUUUCUAUUGUUUUCCCUCCUCCUCCUCCUAACUAGGACAAUCACAGCAGCAGGAAAUAGGACAAGAGCUAGUUUGUCUUUGCCCUCUUAAUAUGCACGAUUUGCCCGCCAAAAGUCAGUGAACCGGAACAAGGACAAUCACAGAAGUAGGAAAUAGUAAGUGCAUAAUUACGUUACGUCUCAGUGAUUUUAAGUCACAGACAAGUUUGACUUUGCUCCUCAGACACUAUGGAUUAACCAAUGAAAUCGUUUCUCAUUUUCUAACUAACCAAUCGAAAAGGAAGACGUCUAUCGACCUUAAAGUAACUAGAAAUCCUAAACCAACUAAAAAUAACACACGACCUUAUCAUAAUGAGAUUCCUACGCAUUUUAUUCAUGAGAUCAAGACAAAAAGUUAUGACGUCAUUGGCGUUAAUGUAUUCCUGCUCACGCUAAUGAGAUUCCUGCUCAAAAAAGAGGCCUAACCGGUGCGCCUUAUACUACUAAAAUUCUUUCAAAUUAACCUUUUACAAUGAGGAGUCGAUAAAGUACAGACCCAAGUGUCCGGCAUUCAGUUGUAUAUUUGCCUGGAAACAAGGCUACUUGGGCAAUAAUGAACUCAGUUAAAGAAGUGGCGUUCACGUGCUAUCCGAAGACGAGCUGAACACAAGCUAAGAAAUACAAGAUUACGGUAAACACAUUGCUUCAUGUUUUUAUACUAAAAUAGUGCUGAGAAAUAGGCAAAAAAAAUUGAAAAAAGUCUGUGAGGAGGUAAGCUUGUAAAUAACUCAAAAUAUUUUGAAUGAAUAAUAAAAUAAUUAUUGGAACUGGCUCUCGAAUGAUACUCAGCCUAUUCAAUAAUUGUUGUGUUUACAUGCAGUUUGCAUAGAAACUGUAAAACACUAUGCAGUCCUGUCAUGUGUUUGUAAUGUCCUUAAAGUCCUCAAGUAAGACAAGCGAUAAUUCUGAGGGCCAAAAAGGCAAAAUACCGUAUGAUUCAUUUCUUGAACAAGGAAAAAUAUAUUACACUCAAGUCGUUGCUUAUCAUUAUAUGAAUUUAUUUUUUCCAGUAAAAAGAAAUUUUGCAAAAAAGGGUAACUGUGGUCAUCCGUGUUUGCUACAUAAACAUGAAGGCGAAGUGUGACAUGUUGCGCCAGAAAAAUGGGCGUGGCCUGGCGUCGAUAUAUUUUUUUUUUGCUCGAUGCGAGGAGUUUUCCAUUUUCUUUUCGACGUUAGUCUUCGGCUUGCUGCAUGUAUUACAUGAAGGUGGACUGGGUAACUUAAUACGUCAGAUAAAUGAGCGUCAUAUGUGUGUCGAACUUUUUUUCUUCCACGCAAGAAAUCACUCUUUGUCCUCUUUAUUUUCUUCGACAAAGUAGGUUACGUUUCAUGUUUAUGUGACAUAGCAGGCCGAUAAAAUCGCAAGUGCCCAACAUACAUAAACGCCACUGAAUCGUAGUCUGCAGUUACCGGCACUGAACAACGACGUCUUACAUUUUUUAAUACGAAAAGUUUACGCUUUUUUUCUCUACGAAACAUAGCCUAACCUGUGGAGUGAAAUCUGAAAAAUUAAACUGCAAACGGCCUAACUGACACACGACCAAUAACAUCGCGACUUAAUUGACCAAUCAGGUCAAUAACCAGAGUCUAAUACCAUCAACUGACGUGAUACAACUCACUUGAACUCUGGAGAUGACUACCGCAGAGGUUGUCGAAACGUCAGUCACUGGCAACAACACUUCCAUUCAGGACUACGUUCACCCAGACGACCAUGCUCAAUCUACUUAUGAAAUGACUCAUGCAGCUGGGCCCAGUUGUUCGAAGGCCGAUUAGCGCUAACCCUGGGUAAAAUUUUAACCCAGGUUUCUAUUUCUUUUGUUCUAAAGCAUUUUUGAGAAUAAUUUUCUCGAUUCUUGUUAGAGCAUCAAAUCAUGAAAUUGUGGACAAAAAGAAUAAAACUUAAUUUGCUUUUUAAAGCUUUCAUAUCUGAAUUGAAAUUUUGCACUGACCCUGGGUUAUCUUAACCCUGCUUUGAACAACCCAUCCCAGGGUGCAAACCUUUCACAGAUUUAGGCAUAACUAAAAAUGUAAACAAGUGCUCUCUAGAGAGAGCUUUUUUUCAAUAACUAAUAUGACUUCACUGAACCUGUGUGUCAAAUUGCAGAGGAACCAGCAAUAUGAAAAGACCUGCGGACCUCAAGGAAUCGUUUGAUUUCUGCGGACUGGAAGAUGAAAAUUAUGUAAGUGUCCGUCAUUGUUUUACGAUUAAGAUAAACGUGUUUGGGCAGCGCCUCGGAAACUCUGCAAGAAACCACUUAGAAACACGAUUUGAACCAACCUGCAUCUGCGACAUAUAACUGACCCGUUAAGGUGGCUGAACACAGUUUUGGCAGUUUGUGAGUAUAUGUCAUUUACCAAAUCAUGGCAAGAGAAAGGUUGCAGCUCACAAGCUAAAACAUGGCAAGUGAAUAAUGUACUGAUAAAAGAGUUUGAUUGACAGGUAAAAUUUGCCGUUUCGUAGUUUCCAUGGCAACAUGAACGAUUGAAUACAACUUUAAAAUGUCACUUUUGCUCAGUUUACAUGAAAUUCGCUCAUUAGAUUUUCCUAUAAACUUGCACACAGCUUACUAUGAUUAAUCAUUACCAUUAGAAAUUUAUUUGACCAAUUUUUAACAGACGAGUUUUUAGAUAAUCAAUAAUAUAAUUGCCCUGCAAUUAUCAAAUGUGUCACAAAAUUCGCCUGUUCAACUUCCAUUUUAAAGUUCUCAUCAUUUAAAAUACGAUAAAAGUUAAAACUCUGCCAAAUGAGUAGAUUUUGAGAAAUCGUCUUCUGUGUACCAUUGCUUUCCCCCCCCAAGUUUGUUUGUCUAAUUUAAAACACGCGCCGUCAUGCGAGUUACCGCUGACCGCCCGCAAAGCUGUGUUCAGCCACCUUAAUAUCAGUUUCAGCGGAUCUGUGUUCCAGUGAUAGAGAAUAUUCAGCAGUCUAACGAAAACUGAUCUCCAUAGCUUAGUUACCUUAUACUAUGCUCAAAAUCGCAUUCCUUUUCCUCUCAAACUGAACUAUCAAGCAGUGAAAUCGUUUUCCAGUGAAACUAAAAUCUGAUGGAGGAGGGUCUUUUGCAUGAUCACAAUGAUCGCAGACUCAAGUUUAUGGUUGCAGAGACCGAAAAUUGUAUCGGCAAAGUGACGUCAUUUAGUCAUUUGUUACUUGUGAAUUUGACUGACAGGAGUUGUUAUUAAUUCUCAAUUUCUGCCUGGCUCUGAUGUGCCGUACAGAACACUAACGUUAAUGUAUAGCAUUCUCAAUAAUCAGUAGUCACUUGUCAUUUUACAGAGUUGGCCCAAUGAGGAAGUCCCAAACUUUCAAGGCACUGUCCAAACCUUUUACGAGGACAUAACAAACCUUGCUUCAAGGAUGAUGUCUGUCAUAGCCAUAAGCCUUGAUCUGGUACGAUCGAUUUUAUAGUUGUUAGUAUUAUGAUCUUAUGGGCGAAAGGAUUUGGGUAUUUAAAAUGUAAUUCAGUCCAAAGGUCUAUGUAUAAGAAGGGAAAACAAUCUUAGAUUUCACAAAAGUGUGUAAGCCACGUGAAAUUUCGUUCUUAUAGCCAGUGCAUUUAGAACACUCCUCUGUUACAGACCCAGUGAAACCCUUCCCAGUGUUUUAUUAAAGUCUACCCAGUGAAAAUUUAACCUUCCCGAUAACCGACGAAUAGUUUGUUUCUACACGGCUGAUUUUUUGCGUCCCCGGUCACUUUCUAUUAUUACUUUUACAAGACCAGUGUAUUUCGUUGUUCUUAUUUGUUGAAAAGAAGCAAAAAUAACAUUAUUACCAUGGACAAAAACAAACUACGUAGGGUACAGGUAAUCAAUCUCGCAUAAAAAGUGUAAAUAGUUUAGCUCAUCUCGCUACAGCAAUAUGUAAAAGGUGUUCAAAAUUUUCAUGCCGGUUAAGAUGUAUGGCCUACCACCCCUUUCCGUUUUUAUGGGAAGUAUACACAACUAAGAAGAAAAACCCAGUGGAAAAUAAACCAACACAGUGAAGUUUUCUCCGAGAACCCACUCAAGAUAUAGAUUUCACUGGGUCUGUUACAGAGGGGUGUUUUAGAAAAGGCGCUCAGUGUCCCUGGGUAACUUCUCUUGCUGAAACCUCGAAAGACUUGGAAAUAAUCCUCAUAACUAUUGUACUGAGUUUUUCGAAUAGUCUUUCACGCACUAGCCUUUAUUUUAGCCUUAAGACAAGUUUCGUUUAUUCAAACCUCUUCAGUUUGGCUAAAACUGUUACAAUACGUUGUUACAUUCAAACAAGCAAACGUGUACGCUCAGCCUCAAGCGCGUGCAAGAAAGCGCGCGCAACUGCUUAAAAUUACAAUCCAUCAAUUAUUUCACUAUUGCCGCUUGCGGCAAUGUUAUAGAGUUCCAUUCCGUCUUGUUAUUUAUAGAUCCUUCUCGUCUGAUUUUGAUGGAUUCAGUU